CCCAAGGUAGCAGGAAACUGCUUCGCAUAUACGAUGAUCAAACUCUUUGACUAUAUAUUAGUACCAUUUCCAACCCUCUCAGCCUGUUUAGUUUAACUUUCAACAAAAUGGAUUCAAACACCACUGAAUUAUUAGGAGCUCCUUCCCCUCCUUCUUCCUCGUCUUCCACCAAUUCGUGGACAUAUGAUGUCUUUCUCAGCUUUAGAGGUGAGGACACACGCUACAACUUCACAGAUCAUCUACACAAAAAUUUGGUCCAGAAAGGUAUCAGAACCUUCAUCGAUGAUGAGCUCCCAAGAGGAGAAGAAAUAUCACAAGCACUUCUUGAUGCAAUUGAAGGAUCGAGGUGUUCCAUCGUCGUAUUCUCUGAAAACUAUGCAUCCUCGAAGUGGUGCUUGGAUGAACUUGUUCAUAUCAUUCAGUGUAGAAAAUCAAAGCAACAGAUGGUUUGGCCAGUUUUCUACAAAGUAGAUCCCUCAGAUGUAAGGAACCAAAGAGGUAGUUAUGGUGAGGCACUUAAUAACCAUGAACGCAAAUUCAAAGAAGAGAAACUUACUAACCAUGAUGAAAGUAAGUUCGAGGACAAUAUGAAGAAGGUGCUGAGAUGGAAGGAAACCCUUACAAAAGCUGCAAAUUUGUCUGGGUCGCAUUACUUGGAGAGCCGUGAAACUGAAUUUAUUCAGAACAUUGUCAACGAGAUUUCCUUACAAGUAUUAAAUGAUACCCACAUCAAUGUGGCAAAAUACCAAGUCGGAAUAGAGGCUCGUGUACAAGAUCUUCAUAAAGUUUUAGAUGUUGACGGAAAUGAUGUUCGCAUGGUAGGAAUAUGGGGGAAUGGUGGAAUAGGAAAGACAACUGUUGCUAAAGCUGUUUAUAACUCACUGGCCCAUAUGUUUGAAGGGAGUUGUUUUCUGGAAAAUGUCAGAGAAAGAUCAUUACCAUAUGGAGGCCUAGUCGACCUACAAAAUCUUCUUCUUUAUGAGAUUCUAAGGGGAAAGGAAAUAAGGGUUACCAGUGCCGAUAAAGGAAUCAAUGUGAUAAAGGAAAGGUUGAGUCGUAAAAAGGUUCUCUUAAUUGUUGAUGAUGUGGAUCAUUUGGACCAGUUAAACAACUUAGUUGGAGGGUGCGAUUGGUUUGGUUUGGGCAGUAGAAUUAUCAUAACAACAAGAGAUAAGCAUUUGCUAACUUGUCAUAGAGUUAGUAUAAUCUACGAGGCAAAGAAAUUAAAUUAUCAUGAAUCUCUUGAUCUCUUCUUUAGUUGGAAUGGUUUUACAAGAACUAGAAAUUUGGAUGAUGAUUAUGUGGAACGUGCAGAAUUUGUGGUGGACUAUGCUGGAGGUCUUCCAUUAGCUCUCAAGGUUUUAGGUUCACAUCUAUGUGGUAGAAGCAUUGAUGUGUGGCAUGAUGCAUUGGAUGGUGCUCUUCACUCAGACAUUCAAAAAACUCUCAAAAUAAGCUAUGAUGCACUGGAAGAUUUGGUGAAAGAAGUUUUCCUAGACAUAGCAUGUUUCUUUAAAGGCAAAGAUAUGAACAAUGUGAUAUCGAUCCUGGAAGGUUGUGACCUCAAGCCUAAGCAUGCUAUUGAAGUACUCGUAGAAAAGGCCCUCAUAUAUAUUGAACAAAACAAAAUUUGGAUGCAUGACUUGCUAGAAGAAUUGGGUAGAGGUAUAGUUCAUCAAGAGUCACCAAAUGAGCCAGGUGAACGUAGCAGAGUGUGGUUUCAUGAGGAUGUUCAUCGUGUUUUAACAGAAGGAACAGGAACAAAUAAUGUUAAAGGCAUCAUAGCAAAGUGUCCGACACCAGAUGACAUAUGCUUGAGUGAUGAUAGCUUCUCAAAGAUGAAAAACCUUCGACUUUUCAUCAAUGUUAAUGCACGAUUUUCUGGUGAUCACGUGGAUUAUCUCUCUAAUGAGUUGAGGUUCCUUCAUUGGCCUGAAUGUCCUUUACAAGUUUUGCCAUCUACUUUCAAUCCAAGGAAACUUGUUGAACUUUAUAUGCCAUGUAGCCGCUUGUCACAACUUGGAGAAGGACUCAAGAGGUUGCAAAAUCUGAAAUCUGUAAAUUUGGAGAACUGCCAGUUCCUAACAAAAACCUCAAACUUCUAUGGAAUUCCAAAUUUAGAGUUCUUGAACCUAGAUGGCUGUACAAGUUUAGUUCAUGUUGAUCCUUCUGUUGGAUUCCUCAAAAAGCUUAUUCGCUUGAGUCUUAAAGGAUGUUGUAAACUUACGAUACUUCUCAGAAGUAUUGACUUGAAAUCUCUUGAAUCUAUCUAUCUUAGUGGCUGUCGAAAGCUUGAGAAUUUCCCUGAAAUUGAGGGAAAGAUGGAAUCUUUAACAUGGAUGGAUAUAUCACACACUGCCAUCAAAGAAUUGCCUUCAUCAAUUGGAUAUCUCACUGGUCUGAAAACUUUACUUUUACUUGGAUGUGAAAACCUUACAAAUCUUCCAGGCAGCAUUUAUGACAUGAAACAACUAAAGGUUUUCUACCUUCGUGGAUGCCCAAAACUUGUUGCAUUUCCAAAUCAGUCAACUUCCGAAGUUUCAACGAGUGCAGAAUCUGUUCCUUCGGUGCUUCCAGCUAACAUAAACGUUUCACCUGACAGUUGUGGCUCUUUAUUGCUUCCAAAUCUGGAGGAGUUAGAUGUCAAAGGAGGCAAUUUAUCAGAAAUCAAUUUCCUUGGGACUCUUCAUUGUGCGUCCACCUUAUUCAGACUUGAUCUAUCAGGAAGCAAAUUUGUCACUUUCCCUAUAUGCAUUAGCAAAUUCGUCAGCUUGAGGAUACUUGACUUGCAUGGCUGCAACAAGCUUGUGGAAAUUCCAGAACUUCCACCGAAAAUAGGAUGGCUAGAUGCAUGUGAUUGCGUAUCAUUGGAAAGAUUUUUGAAAUUGUCGAACAUUUUGGAAUGUAAAGAGUCACAAAUGAUUCGUUGGAUGGACUUGUCUAAUUGUCAGAGAUUGUGUCGCAAUCUGGCUCAUGGUGUGGCAAAGACGAAAAAUGUUUUAGUGAAUGAUCAGGGUGCUCUCUUUUCUUAUCUCUUUCUAAUAUCUUCUCAGCAAUCUAAAUUCCAAGUUGUAUUUCCUGGAAAUGAAGUUCCAAAGAGGUUCAUCUGUCACAAGGAUCUGGAGGAGGUUGAAAGAUAUUGUGAAUUUUAUAUGGAAAUCCCUGAAAAUUUCAAAUGGCAAAAUAGUGGAUUGGCUCUCUAUGCUGCUGUUAAGAAAACACAAGAUGCACCUUAUCCUUGCUAUAUAAAUAAUAAUGGAUCUCCUUACUUCAUAGUCGAAUUUUACGUCAAUGAAAAGCGCAUUCACUUAAUUAGGUCUGAUUUUGGUUCAACAAUAUUAGAGUCAGAUCAUGUGUGGCUGUACUACAUUCCAUUCUGCAAGAUGGAGUUUGAUGAGUCUGCAUAUCCGAAACCUCCUUUUAAAUGUCGAGUUAGUUUUGAACUUCCUUUCAACAGUUCUCUGUGUGUUAAAAGCUUCGGGGCACACCUUGUAAUGCCAGAGUAUGAAAACGUCUCAACAUCUAUGGAGGGAUUGAUCCAUGAAGGUACUAGUAAAAGAGAAAUUAUUGGUGAAGAUAUUGGUUCUCCGGUGGAAGAUGACUACUUAAGCUGUGAAGGUGAUGAAGAGUUGGAUUAGAAAUUGAUUUCUUGAGACUUUUGGAUUGUGCGUUGAUAUGAGGUAUACUUGAUAUGUCGGAAGGCAAUUUUGUUAGUCUUAUGCAUUAGAAAUUUGUUAACUUGUUGAAGCUGAACUCGUGUGCUUGCACCAGCCUUCUAGAAUUCAUAUUCAUUCAUUUUGGUGUUGGUUUUGUGCAUUCCUGCUCUUUUUCCAAAUGAGAUUGUAGGAGUAGGGAGUGGUCAUAAGCAGCAGGUUAUUAGUUGAUUCAACUGGUACCGGUAGAUGAUGCACAGUAGGGAGUAUUAAUUUAUAUUUCCCAACUAAUAUUUGCAUCAUUUACUGCUUCAAGCCUUAUCUUGCUAAUCUUGCAAUUCUUUGGGAGUUGAAUCUCCUUCAGUCUGUGAUCACAGUAUCUUCUUGUGUCUGCCAUUUUGGGUGGCUUGCACUGUCUUUCUUGUUUUCUGGGCUGCUGCUCAGCUUUUUUUCCUCAGUCUUUGCUUCUUGCUGCUUGGUUUGGGGGUGAUUUAUUUAUGGUGCUUUGGCUAUCCUUA